UUACUGGUAAUUGCCAAUUUGGAACUUGUCGUGAAAUUACAAAUUGCUGUAAUUUACAAUCCUGUCAAAAACAGAUUAGGUUCAAGUCAUAUAAUAGCUUUGAUCCGUGGCUUAAAGCUAAAACUUGACUUAAUCUAA